UCUCUCUCUCUCCCCCGCUUUCUCUCUCCACUCUUGCGUUUCUCUAUGUACCAACUCUCGUAACUCCCCCCGUCCAUUAUUCUUCAUAAGCUUUCCUUGGUUCCUCUGGGAGGAGAGAGAGAGAGCAUUAGGAGACAGGCGGUUGAGAGAGAGAGAGAGAAGCAGAAUGUCGUCUGGCUUCUCCGGCGGGAGCGGCGGCGGGGGCCCGGAGUUCUACACCGCCGCCGGUGGGAUGAGCGCCAGAUCUAUCGCCAGCGCCAUGAGCUCCGUCAACGGCAACGCCGCCUCGCAGUCCCCCUUCCGAUCGCAGCCGCAGUUCGGCGCCGGAAUCUUCCUGGAGCCUAACUCCCAGAUGGCGCCGCAGCCGGCGCAGCCGCAGCCGGGCCUCGUCGGCAAGCGGACGCUUAUGGAGUUUCAGGCGCAGCAGCAGCAGCAGCAGCAUCAGCAUCAGCAUCAGCAUAACCAGGCCCUGAGCAACCUCAUCUUGCGGUCCGUGAGGUCGAAAAUCUCUCCGCGGUCCUCGCCGAUUUCGCACCUGGACUUCUCCGCUGCCGUUUCUUCCCCCGACGUAAUGUCUAGCUUAUCGGCGCUGUCUUCGCCGGCGGGCUUCUCCGCGCAAAGGUACGGCCUUCCUAUCCUUCAACAGCUCAGGCCACAGCCCAUACAUCUCGGUAACGGCGCGAUCCACGUGAGCAAUCAGGCUCUGGGGGGAGUUUCGUUCGCGAACGUGCUCCAAAACAGAGCGAAUCCUCACCAAGCGGAGCCGGAGAACAAGAUGAUGAAUCGUCUGCAGGAGCUCGAAAAGCAGCUCUUGGAUGACGACGAGGAGGGCGACGGGGACGCCGUCUCCGUGAUUACUAACGCUAACAGCGAGUGGUCCGAGACAAUUCAGAGUCUCAUAAGUCCCGGUCAGAAGCAGAUAUCUCCGUCGCCGACCUCGUCUUCUUCGUCGUCCUCGCCUUCGUCUUCAUUGUCCGUGCCGUCGCCGGUACCCAUCUGCUCGAGGCAGUCGCUAAUGGAGGCCGCGACGGCGAUAUACGAGGGCAGGGUGGACGUUGCUUCGGAGAUCCUGACGCGCUUGUCUGCCGUGCCGAACCCCAAAGGUAAUUCAGAGCCGAAACUGAUGGAAUACAUGUUGUCCGCGCUUAAAUCGCGCGUGAGCCCUGCCGAUAACCCCCCUCCCGUGGCGGAGUUGUUCACCAAGGACCAUGUGUCGUCGACUCAGUCGCUUUACGAGCUGUCUCCUUGCUUCAAGCUCGGUUUCAUGGCUGCCAAUCUCAUGAUUUUAGAAGCUGCAUCGGAGCAACCCUCCACCAACAAGCUCCAUGUAAUUGAUUUCGAUGUUGGUCAGGAAGGACAGUACAUCAAUCUCCUCCACGCGCUGUCCACGCGUCAGCCGGGCAUUCCAUCCAUCCUCAAGAUCACGACGCUCGCCGAUGGCUUCAACGGGGAGGAGAGGCUCAGGAUGGUUAGGGAUCGGCUGAGCGAACUCGCGGCCCAGAUAGGAGUUAGGUUAGUAUUCAACAUCGUGAGCCAGAAGGUGAGCGAGCUGAGCCGCGACUCGCUGGGGUGCGAGCCUGACGAGGUGCUGGCGGUGAACCUGGCGUUCAAGCUGUACCGAAUGCCGGACGAGAGCGUGUCCAUGGAGAACCCGCGCGACGAGCUCCUCCGGCGCGUGAAGGGCCUGGCGCCGCGGGUGGUGACGCUGGUGGAGCAGGAGAUGAACGGGAACACGGCGCCCUUCGCGACGCGCGCGGGGGAGGCGCUGGGGUACUACGGGGCCCUGCUCGAGUCGCUCGAGUCCACGGUGCCGCGGGACAGCUCGGAUCGGGGGAGGGCGGAGGAGGGGCUGAGUCGGAAAUUGGGGAACUCGGUUGCUUGCGAAGGUAGGGACCGGGUCGAAAGAUGCGAGGUGUUCGGGAAGUGGAGGGCCCGCAUGGGGAUGGCUGGGUUCGAGCUGAAGCCACUGGGUCAACACGUGGCCGAAUCAAUGAAGGCGAGGCUCGAAAGUGGGAACCGGGUCAACCCGGGAUUCACGGUGAAAGAAGAGAAUGGUGGGGUUUGCUUCGGCUGGCUCGGCCGAACACUCACCGUCGCAUCCGCCUGGCGUUAAGCUCCACUCGCUCCCCCUCUCUCCCCCCUGUGCACCCACUUUCCCGAAAAAGUAUUAACCAAAUUGAUAUACGUAUGUUGUAUGUUAUGUUGCUAUGGAUGGUGAUGGUGAUGGCGAAGGUGAUGGAUGAUGAUCAUGACGAAGACGACGACGACGACGACCACGACGUGAUAUCUUAUAAUGUAUUGUUUUCAAGAUGUUUUUUUUUUUCUUUUCUUUUCCUGAGAAAAAUGGGAAAAAGAAGAAGAGAAUCCCAUUCCCCCACCCAAGCAAUUGAGUAAUAAAAGAAAGAUGUUUGGAUUUGAGGAAAAAAAAAAAAAGGAAUUCCCGUGCAUUGCAUUCA